UUUAAGCCCUAAAGGAGGGGGGAAAGGAAGGUGAAUAACCAGAUCAGUGAAGGUUGGAGUCACAAAAAAACGUUUGAAGCCUUCCAGAUCUCGGCUCUUGGGGAUCCUUGUCCUGGAGUUUGCUCAACCUGGUUGGCUUAUAUGCACCGUGGCCUGCAAGGUCCAGCUCCUCAUCCUGUGCGCGGAAGGGAAAGGGAGGCCAACUUGGAGAGGAUGAAAGAGGAAAGCAUGUGCCCAGACUCACCGGAGGGCAGCAUGGGAACCAGCGAGGAGGAAAGCGAGAAGAUGCCCAAGAAGAGUCUUCGGAAGAGGAGCCAGCUGGGUAAACCCUUGACUUCAGCCCCUCCAGAGUACAGCAGCAGCCCUUUGCCACAGGGGAAGCGCAGCAAGCGCAGCCCCGUGUCCCAGACUUUUGAGGACAUGCACACGCAGCGGGUGAUCGCCAAUGUGCGGGAGCGUCAGCGCACCCAGUCGCUCAACGACGCCUUUGCUGAGCUGCGCAAGAUCAUCCCUACCCUGCCUUCGGACAAACUCAGCAAGAUCCAGACCCUCAAGCUGGCUGCCCGCUACAUCGACUUCCUCUACCAGGUCCUGCAGAGUGAUGAGCUUGACCACAAGAUCUCCAGCUGCAACUACCUGGCCCACGAGAGGCUCAGCUAUGCCUUCUCUGUUUGGAGGAUGGAAGGGGCCUGGUCCAUGUCGGCAUCCCACUGAGGUCCAACAACAGGCAUCCUCAGAAAAGAAGAAAUCUGGCGAACCCCCUUUCCCAAGAGCAGCGAGACACAUUUAUUCAGAGAGUCAAGGCCUGAACCAUUCAUGCUGCUUCAUCGCACUCAAGAUACGAUCAGCCCUGCCAUCUUGGGGUGGGGUGGGGAGACUGGGAAAGGAAUGCCUAAGGCCGAUCCAGGAUUGAGAGGGCAAGCUUUCCGUAUUUGCCUUGGGAUGAACUGGGCACCAGAUGAGGCAGCGGCCUGAAGCUUGGCUUGUAACAAGCUGAUCUCAACAGGUCUACGUAGAACUCUUUGAAGAGCUAAUUUAUUUUUGAAGUUGCAGGUUAAGAAUUCCUUUUCUUCUUAUUAGACCCUCCUGCCUGACACUCACAAUUCUUGUAUAUUUGGCAGUAACCUCCCAUUUUCCCAAAGAUAGACCUGUUCCCCUUGACGGCUCUCUUUCUUUUCUUACCGGACUGUACAGAGAGUGCUGCUUUGCCGAAAUCAUAAUAAUACUCUAAACCUCGAAGGAUUUAAAUGCUUUUCAUGUAACGUUCCUUCUAACCUCAGCCAGGGCUUAAUUUCUGAUCAGAGAGCCGCUGUGAAGCCUUGCCCCCCUCCCCCUCCCUCUCUCCCUGUCUCCCUCCCUGCCUCUCCCUCUCCCUCUCCCUCUCCCUCUCCCUCUCUCUCUCCAGCAAAAGAAAUAGUUGCAUAUACCCGGAAGCAGGCUUUCUAUGGUGUCAUUUCAUGGCUUCAGAUUAAAUCUUGGUCCUGGAAAAAGUUCUCAGAACGGGGCGCUUUGGUGCUAGUACAAGUAGUCCUCGACUUACAUCAGUUUGUUUAGUGACCAUUCAAAAUUACAGUGACACUGAAAAAUGUGACUUAUGACCGUUUUUCAGUUAUGCCCUUUGCAGCAUUCCCAUGGUCAUGUGAUCCAAAUUCAGACGGUUGGCAACUGGUUCAUAUUUAUGAUGGUUGCAAUGUCCCAAGGUCAUGUAAAUCACCUUUGAUGACCUUCUGACAAGCAAAGUCAAUGGGGAAGCCAGGUUCACUUAACAACCGGGUUACUCAUUUAUCAACAGCAGUGAUUCAUUAAACAACGGUGACAAGCAAAGUCUUAAAAUGGGGGCAGAACUCAUUUCACACAUGUCUCUCUUAACAACAAGACAUUUUGGGCUUAAUCGUGGUCGUACGUCGAGGACUACUUGUUUUGUGCUGAAAAAGCCUUCUGCACUUCAUCAUUCCCAUUCAGUGUGAUGGCAAAGAACAGCAAGGAUGAAGGAUAUAUAGGGGGACUACCUAGAGUUGUAGGGGGAUAUCGAAGGGACAUCUGCAAGCAUUCAGUCUUCCAUAAUGGCAUCAUCUCUCCAGUGAUGUGCGAUCUCCUUGGCUUCCCAUGCUUCAACUCCGUCCCAAGGGGAAGCAUCAAGGGAGUACUUCUCCCGUGAGGUUUUUUUUUUGAAAUCAGGAAGCAGCAGAACAGCAGAGGAUGACAUAAUGGGAAACAAAAGGAGCCCCCUUGCCCCUUCACCACCAGAAGGGCAGAGCAGAAAGAAGGAUCCGAAAGCCUGCUGUGAACGGAGUAGGAAAAAAAAUGGGAGCCUUUUUCACAAGAGUAAGAACUUUUUCAAAAAUGGCGCUUUUGGCACCGUAUUAUUCCAGCUGAGAAUGGCUUGUAGAGCUGCAAAUUGGCAUUUUGCCUUCUUUUCCUGACUUUUGGCUUUUAAGAAGUGGGGAGAGAGGGAGCAGUGGUGGUAGGGAGUGAUGGGAAGGGAAGGCUGCAUGAAGAAGAAGAGCGUGUCUGGAUCCAGUGCCAACUGCUUUCAAAUUCUUGUAUAAGACGGAAUGAUUGCAUAAGAGAAGACGAGCUUUGCCUGUAAGCAUCCUGACAGAAACCUGGUUUGUAUUAAGUUUUGGCUCCCGCUUUCUCAACCUUAAACUCAGUUUGCAAGUUCUAGCAAUCCCACAACAACUGAAACGGCCAUUUUAGGUCCUGCUGGGAGAAAGCCCUAAAUAGGCAUGGUGUAAGAUAGCUAUUCUUUAUGGCAAUAGGAUGAACAUAGCAGCCCAGAAAGAACUAAAUACUCCUGCUUGGUUGUAUCCACAAAUGUAAAACUAUAUCACAAGGUAAAGAAUGAAAGGUCUUCCACCUUCACCAAAAGCUCAAUUCUAAGGGUUGUUUGUGGGACAGCCUGGUUGAGAAUUAAUCCAUGCUUCUACUUUAGCCAUGCCACUUAUGAAUGCAGGGAGCAUGCUUGCCAGUACCGGGUCAAUCUUUGCAGCACUAGCUGCAUGCUGAACUACAAUUCCCAGCAUCCAUUGCCAUUAGCCUUGUUAACAGACGCAACUGGGGGUCACAGUUCACUCACCCCUAUUGGUUUACUCUUCGCUGAAGUUCAAGAAUCAAACAGUGGGGGAUCCACCACAGAGCCCUUUCAGUCACUGAUGACCUCCUCCAUUCACCAGUGGAUGCUACCCCAGGUUUGAUGGACAGUCUGAUUCAGCUUUGUAUUGCUUCUUACUAUGAAGAAUUAAUAAGUUUGAUCAUCAUCAAGGGAUGACUUUGGUCUGAAAAAGGACACUUUUCCUAGUACAUUGUAACCUGCAUGUUAUUUGAGUUGUUAAAAUUCUUUUAACCAA